UCGGCCAUGGAGGCUUUCUGCGGGUCCCGCUUCUGGGAUUCAAAUCUUUCAAUACACACUGAUAAUCCAGACCUGACACCAUGUUUCCAGAAUACCAUCCUAGCGUGGAUCCCCAGCAUUUAUCUAUGGAGUGCAUUACCCUUUUAUCUUCUCUACCUAAAGCACAACAAAAGAGGGUACAUUGUGCUUUCCGUGUUGAGCAGGUUCAAGACGCUGUUCGGUGUCCUGCUGUGGUGCGUGAGCUGGGCAGAUCUCUUCUACUCUUUCCAUGAGCUCCUGCAAAACAGAACGCCUCCACCAGUCUAUUUUGUAACUCCAUUGAUCGUUGGCAUCACUGUGCUGUUAGCUACAUUGCUUAUUCAGUAUGAAAGGCUGAGAGGAGUUCAGUCCUCUGGAGUGCUCAUUAUCUUCUGGUUUUUGUCUGUGCUCUGUGCCGUGGGGCCUUUCCGGUCUAAGAUCAUGACUACAACAGCACAGGGCCAUGUAAAUGAAAGGUUCAGGUUUACCACGUUUUACAUCUACUUUGCUUUGAUAAUCAUUGAGUUGAUCCUUUCGUGCUUUAAAGAAAAGCCUCCAUUUUUUUCCCCUGUUAAUACAGAUCCUCAUCCAUGUCCAGAGUUAACUUCAGGCUUCCUUUCAAGAUUGACAUUUUGGUGGUUUACAAGCAUGGCAAUUCUUGGUUACAAAAGGCCUCUCGAAGAUAAAGAUUUGUGGUCGCUGAAUGAAGAUGAUACUUCAAAAGUUAUUGUACAACAACUAAGUAAAGAGUGGGACAAAGAAAAAGCAGAGUGCAAACAGAAAGAAGGUGUGACAUAUAUGAAGAAAUCUAACCAUGUGCUGAAUCAUGUUGGUGAUGGUCCAGAGGAAGCAGAAGUUCUGAUCAGAGACAAAAAGCACAAUAGAAAGCCUUCCUUUCUCAAAGCUUUGUUGAGGACCUUUGGGCCGUACUUCUUAAUCGGCUCCUUCUUCAAGCUGAUACAAGACCUACUUUCUUUUGUCAACCCUCAGCUGUUAAGUGUAUUAAUCGCCUUCAUUAAGAACAAAGAUGCCCCAGCCUGGUGGGGAUUUUUGAUUGCGGCUUUGAUGUUUGUCUGUGCUGUGCUACAGACACUCAUACUUCACCAGCAUUUCCAGUACUGCUUUGUUACUGGGAUGAGGCUGAGAACUGGGAUCACUGGAGUGAUAUACCGAAAGUCCUUAGUCAUCACAAACUCAGCAAAGCGCUCAUCUACUGUUGGAGAAAUUGUCAACUUGAUGUCAGUGGAUGCCCAGCGUUUCAUGGACCUGAUGACUUUCCUGAACAUGUUGUGGUCUGCACCACUCCAGAUAUUUCUAGCUUUGUAUUUCCUCUGGCAGACUUUAGGGCCUUCUGUGCUGGCAGGAGUUGCCGUGAUGGUUUUACUUAUCCCAUUUAACUCUGCAAUAGCAAUGAAAACCAGAGCAUUCCAGGUGGAACAAAUGCGAUAUAAGGACUCCCGCAUUAAAUUAAUGAAUGAGAUUCUGGGUGGCAUAAAGGUGCUGAAGCUGUAUGCUUGGGAACCAUCGUUUUCAGAAAAAGUGUUGGAGAUACGAAAGAAUGAGCUGCGAGUUUUGAAAAAAUCUGCCUAUCUCAAUUCUUUGUCCACCUUUGCAUGGAUCAGUGCGCCAUUCCUGGUAGCAUUGACGACAUUUGCUGUGUAUGUGUCGGUGGAUGAGAAGAAUAUCCUGGAUGCAGAAAAGGCUUUUGUCUCCCUCUCCUUGUUUAAUAUUUUAAAGUUUCCCCUCAAUAUGCUUCCACAAGUCAUUAGCAAUGUUGCACAGACAAGCGUUUCUCUAAAGAGAAUUCAGCAGUUCCUGAGUCAUGAUGAACUUGAUCCAAAUUGUGUGGAAACAAAAGUGAUUACACCAGGCAAUGCCAUCAGUGUAACAAAUGCGACGUUCAGCUGGGGAAAGGAGCUUAAGCCAUCUUUGAAAGAUGGUGCUUUGGUUGCCGUUGUUGGCCAUGUUGGCUGUGGGAAGUCUUCUCUGGUGUCUGCUCUCCUGGGUGAAAUGGAAAAGCUGGAAGGAGAAGUGACUGUGAAGGGUUCUGUUGCUUAUGUGCCUCAACAAGCCUGGAUCCAGAAUGCCACGCUGAAAGAUAACAUUUUGUUUGGCCAAGCUCCUAAUGAACAAAAAUACCAAAAUGUCCUGGAGGCCUGUGCUUUAAAAACUGACCUGGAAGUGCUGCCAGGAGGAGAUCAGACUGAGAUUGGAGAGAAGGGCAUCAACCUCUCAGGUGGCCAGAGGCAGCGAGUGAGCCUUGCUCGUGCGGUGUAUAGCAGCUCUGACAUUUACCUAUUAGAUGAUCCUCUUUCUGCUGUGGACUCGCAUGUUGCAAAGCACAUCUUUGAUAAAGUUAUUGGUCCAGAUGGGGUACUUAAAGGAAAAACCCGAAUUCUGGUGACCCAUGGCAUCAGCUUCCUGCCUCAGGUAGACCAUAUAGUUGUCCUGGUAGAUGGCAAAAUCUCUGAAAUGGGAUCUUACCAAGACCUUCUGAAACAAAACAAGGCCUUUGCAGAAUUCCUGCGAAAUUAUGCACUUGAUGAAGACAUCGAAGAGGACGAACCAACAAUGCUGGAGGAGGAAGAAGUCCUGCUAGCUGAAGACACCCUCAGCAUCCAUACUGAUCUGGCAGAUAACGAACCAGUGACGAACGAGGUCCGCAAACAGUUUCUUAGGCAACUUAGUGUAAUAUCUUCUGAAGGAGGAGAAUGUCCCAACAAAAUGUCAACGAAACGAAGAGUCUGUGAAAAGAAGCCAGCAGAGCCUCCUCUGCCAAGAAAAAAUCCUAACGAGAAACUUAUUCAGGCUGAAACCACUGAAACGGGAACGGUAAAGCUAGCGGUGUUCUGGCAAUACGUGAAGGCUGUCAGCCCUGUCAUUUCUUUAGUGAUAUGUUUCCUAUAUUGCUGUCAAAAUGCUGCUGCUAUUGGGGCCAAUGUGUGGCUCAGUGACUGGACCAAUGAGCCAGUGAUAAAUGGGACUCAGCACAACACAGCCAUGCGAAUCGGAGUCUAUGCUGCCUUGGGCCUCUUGCAAGGCCUCAUAGUACUCAUCUGCUCCUUCACCCUGGCAAUGGGAGGCAUUAACGCAGCCCGGACACUCCACGCUGCUCUGCUGGAGAACAAAUUUCACACCCCGCAGUCCUUCUAUGACACCACCCCAACCGGCCGAAUCAUCAACCGCUUUUCGAAGGACAUCUAUGUGAUCGACGAAGUAAUCCCACCGACCAUCUUGAUGUUCCUCGGAACAUUCUUCACCUCUUUAUCGACGAUGAUUGUAAUUAUAGCAAGUACUCCGCUCUUCGCUGUGGUUAUAGUUCCACUUGCAAUUCUGUACUUCUUUGUUCAGCGAUUCUACGUAGCUACCUCCCGCCAGCUGAAGCGUCUGGAGUCUGUGAGCAGAUCUCCCAUCUACUCACAUUUCUCAGAAACAGUAUCGGGGGCCAGUGUCAUCAGAGCCUAUAGAAGAGUGAAGUCCUUCGUAGACAUCAGUGAUCUGAAGAUGGAUGAAAAUCAGAAGAGUUACUAUCCUGGCAUAGUAUCAAACAGAUGGCUGGGUGUUCGAGUUGAAUUUGUGGGGAACUGUAUUGUCCUUUUUGCUGCCCUUUUUGCUGUGAUUGGUAAAAACAGCCUGAAUGCUGGCUUGGUAGGACUUUCAGUAUCUUAUGCAUUACAGGUGACCUUGUCUCUGAAUUGGAUGGUCCGAAUGACUUCUGAACUUGAAACUAACAUUGUGGCUGUUGAAAGAAUAAAAGAGUAUUCAGAAACUGAAACGGAGGCUCCCUGGAUCAUUGAGGGCAAGAGUCCCCCAGAAGACUGGCCAUCCAAGGGAGAGCUGGAGUUUGUGAAUUAUUCAGUGAGAUACAGGAAGGGCCUGGAUCUUGUGCUGAAGGGUCUAAACCUCCAAGUGCACGGUGGAGAAAAGAUUGGAAUUGUUGGCAGAACCGGAGCAGGGAAGUCCUCCAUGACGCUCUGUCUCUUUAGGAUCCUGGAAGCUGUAAAAGGCGAAAUUAAAAUCGAUGGUGUGAAAAUUUCAGAGAUUGGUCUCCAUGACCUUCGAUCGAGGCUAACAAUUAUUCCUCAGGAUCCUGUUCUCUUUUCUGGAACAUUGAGGAUGAACCUGGAUCCAUUUAAUAAGUAUUCAGAUGAAGAAAUAUGGAAAGCUCUUGAACUGUCUCAUUUGAAGAGGUUUGUCAGCAGCCAGCCAUCCACGUUGGACUACGAAUGCUCAGAAGGCGGAGAAAAUCUUAGCGUUGGCCAAAGACAACUCGUCUGUCUGGCAAGAGCACUGCUUCGCAAGACGAGAAUCUUGAUCCUAGACGAAGCGACAGCAGCUAUCGAUCUCGAGACAGAUGAUCUUAUCCAGAUGACAAUUAGGACCCAGUUUGAAGACUGCACAGUGCUGACAAUAGCACACAGGCUGAACACAAUUAUGGACUACACAAGGGUUCUUGUUCUAGACAACGGAACCAUAGCUGAAUUCGAUACACCUGCAAGCCUUAUAGCGUCAAAGGGUAUUUUCUACAGUAUGGCCAAAGAUGCUGGACUAGCAUGAAAAGAUGACCCCUUGGGUUUUUGGUUUGGGGUUUUGUUUUUAGUAUUGCUGACUUGCCACAAAAGUGACUUGUGAAUGUACUGUAAUUUACAAAACAGUUUUUAUAGUAGGCUAAACUUGUGAUAUGUGAACAAAAAGUAUUUUACAAUUAUAAGGACCAG